AUGGACUUCCCCAGCCCUCUGCGCCCCACGCUGUUUAUGAGUGGUCCCCUUGGUCUUAGCAAUGUCCCAGACCUGUAUUCUACGUGCAGCUGGAGAGAUGCUCUGACCCUGCCGGAGUCCCUGCCUCAGAGCAGAGUCCAGGUUGCUGAGGAGCUGUGGUGGGAACCCAAUACGCCGGGACCCUUUCCCCUGCUGCCGCCUAGUCCUGACCCCUGGGACCCUGGGCUGAAAGCCCAGGACUUGCUUUGCCGGGGUGGUCACCACUUCUGCAGACGGCCUCGGGUCACACUGGAUGUUACUGAACAGCUCAGUCGCUUCCUGUGGGACCACGGGGACAUUGCCUUCGGGCCCCUGGGAAACCUGAUGCUGGACAAUUUCAAACUGGAGGGCGCACGAAGCCGCUCUAAGAAGAAGACAGUGGUCAGUGUGAAACGGCUGCUCCAGGACCUCGGUGGACACCAGCCCUGGGGGUGUCCAUGGGCGUCCCUCAGCCACCGACAGCGCAGGUUCUCCAUCCUCGGGGGCUCCAUUCUGGGCAGGUCCAUGGCCAGCCUCUUGGGGGAGCUGUUGCAGGAAGAGCUGGCAGGACGCUGGGGGCAGUUGCUCUUAGAUGAUACUGUCACCGGGGGGGCCCUGGCGUGGCUGCCCCGGGGGACCACCCCAGUCGGGCAGCUGGUGUACCCCAGUGGAGGGGCCCUGGACAAGCUGUGUUUCCAAGAGGUCAGUCUGACCCCAGCUGGCAACCCCCAGGUUCUUGAGGACCCUGGCCACAUCCAGCUCCGAGGACCUGUCCGGCAGGUGGUGACUCGCACUGUUCAGGGAGAAGCAUUCCUGGCUGUGCGCUCCAACUACCACUGUGCUGUGUGGAAAGUCAGCAGACAGGGCCGGCCGGCCCCUCUCCAAGUGCUGCAGGUGGACAAGGGGGCCACUGGGGUCAGUCUCAGCCCCCACCUGCCUGGGGAGCUGGCUGUCUGCAGCCGCUCAGGAACUGUCUGUCUGUGGACGCCCCACGAUGGGCUGCAGCAAGUUUACAAGGACCCUGAGACCCUAGUGUUCCGAGACCCCUCUCCCUGGCGCUGGGCGGACUUCACCGCCCACCCCCGGGUGCUGACUGUGGGCGAUCGGACUGGAGUGAGAAUGAUAGACACGCAGGGUCCACCAGGCUGUGGUCUUAUGCUUUUCCGUGGGGGGGCAGAGGCCGCCUGUCAGAAAGGGGAGCGUGUCCUGCUCGUCCAGUACCUAGGGGAGUCCAGCCCCGCACCUCUGAAUCCCACCCUUCACCUCAUCUGCACUCAGUUCUCGCUCUACCUAGUGGACGAGCGCCUCCCCCUGGUGCCCAUGCUGAAGUGGACCCACGGCCUGUCCUCUGCACCCCUGCUGGCCCAGCUGCUGUCAGCACCCCGCCCUGGCGCCCCUCAGCCCCUGCUCCUGGGAGGCCAGGGUGGUCAGCUGCAGCUGCUGCAACUCUCAGGAGAGGGGUCCUCCGUGCCACGGCUGGCAGGUCCCCCCCAGUCCCUCCCAGCAAGGACUGACGCCUUAUCCGGGUUCCCUCUCCUGGAACCCACAAGUCUUCGGCGGCUGGAGGAACGACUGAACGCUCCUACCAUAGGUCUGACGGCCACCAUCCUGCCCUCAGACACCACACCAGGCCUGGCCCUCUUCCAGCUCUCCACGGCCGGGGACGUGUUUUAUCAGCACCUUCACCUCCAGGAGGGCUCCAACAGCGGCAGGGACUCUGGGUGCAACCCCGGCCAGGAGCCCCACUUCCCCACGGCUUCCUGGACUCCACAGGCCACUGCCCACUGCAGCCGGUGGCUUCAGGCCAUGCUUGAGGUGGCCCUGCUACCCUCUGUAUGGACAGCACCCACCUUUUCCCACCGUCACCUUUUAGCCUACAAGGAGCAGCCACACACAAAGGGAACCGUGCCCUUGGGGCUGCGGACUGCCAUGGCCGAGGGGCGGCUCCUGAGACUUAGGGACCUGGGCUCGACCUCCACAUCUGAGCCGUCCCCGGCUCCAGAACCCAGCCCGGAAGAUGAGCUCAGUGAACGGCUAAGUGAAGCCUGGGCUGGCCGGGGGCUGGCCUGGUGGGAACGGCGACAGGCAAGAGGCUGGGAGCUGGGCCGCAGGCCAAUCCGGCACAAGCGCCGCACCCAACUCUCCAGCACCUUCUCCUCAUUCAGUGGCCCCUGGGACCUCUCCAGUGGCCCCAAGUCUCAGGCCAGCCCUGACUGCCCGUCCCUGGAGCCCCAGCUCCCUACAACACCCCUCUCCCAGGAACUGACUCCCGAGCUGUGGGUCCGAGAUGUCCCCGUGGAACGACAGGAGACCCUCCGGGACUACAUGGCCAAGCUGCCAGCUUCCAGCCCCAGCACUGCCGUCACACCCCCCUCUCAGGCCUCCAGCAUGCGCAGCACCCCUUAUAGACAGCAGCCCCCUCGGAAGAAGUCCCGCAUGGGCUUCUGA